UUUCUCCCUUUCUUUCCUUCAGUCAGAGAAAUCACCCAAACCCAACCACAAAACCCUAGCACUGUAAGCCCGCACCACCGCCACAAGGAGUGGCAUACUGCCGCCGUCCGUCGCACUCAAAGUUCGCCAUCCGUCAUCUAGCUUCCCUCGUGCUCCAAAUCUUCAACACCUGUUCGCUGUCACCGAUCGCGGUUGCUUCCUCGAGCUCGGCGUCCGUCGUCUUUGUCUGCUCAGCCGCGCUUCCGUCGCCGUUUGUUUGCCGUUCACGUUCGCGUCUUCGUUCGCGUUCGCUCGGCGUUCACCGUUCGCGUUCACUCGCUGUUCACCGUUCGAGUUCGCGUUCGUCUGGAAGCCACGUUGCUCUGCUUCAAACUCUACGACCAACCCGCGCGCUCCACUCAGCCGUCGAACUGCUCUUUUUUGUCCCCGCCUUGGUUGCAGAUGGUUUACAUACAUUUGGCAUAACAUGCACUUGAACAAAUGGGAUCAAGCAGCUUUCUGUGGAAUUUUACCAAAAAGUUUGUCACAUUUGGGAUCGUUACUGUUACUGUGUCUGAUCGUUAUGUAACAGUGGUUCCAGUUCGGGGUGGCUCUAUGUCUCCCACACUUAAUCCAAAAACCAGCUCUUCUGCAGGAAACUUCUCUGAUGAUUAUGUCUUGGUUGAGAAGUUUUGUGUUGACAAAUACAAAUUUUCACAUGGAGAUGUUGUGGUCUUCAGUUCCCCAUUGAAUCACAAGGAGAGACACAUAAAGAGAAUAGUUGCAUUAUCUGGUGAAUGGUUUAGUAGUCGUCAGAACUAUGAUGUGUUGAAGGUUCCAGAAGGACAUUGUUGGGUUGAGGGAGAUAAUGCGGCUUUUAGCAUGGAUUCAAAACAAUUUGGAUCUAUUCCUUUGGGUCUCAUACGAGGGAGGGUGACCCAUGUUGUGUGGCCUCCACAAAGAAUAGGCGCCAUCCAGAGUCCUCCACGAGAAGGAUUAUCUUCUUUAUAGUUGGAUCCUGAUGAUGCUGUUGCCAGGCCUCCUCAAAGUGCAGAAUUUUGUGAGGAGAAUCCUUCCUGGAGUAUUCUUUUCUCUUCGCUAAUGUUGUUUUAAUCGGACACAGAAACCAUUCUUUACUCCAUAUAUUUCGCUUUGCGGAGGAGAGUUACUAUAGUUCAUUUGUUAAUUGGAUUAUAGUAUAACCGUUUAACCCUUCAAUUUUUUUAUUUUUAUUUUUCCCGGAACCGAGCAAUUAAUCAAAAUAGAAAUGAGAUGAAUGAUAUGUUACUCGUUUUUUAGCAGAAGA